AAAGAUUUUUCAUGGAUGGGGUCUAAUCUAAUGUCAAGCUGGUUGUGAAGGUGUUUGAUCUGGUCCCCUCGACCCCAGCCGGAGUCCCCAUGGCUGCUGGAGUGGCAGCCUGGCUCCCCUUUGCUCGGGCGGCGGCCAUAGGAUGGAUGCCCGUGGCCAACCUGCCCAUGCCCGUCGCACCGUCCAAUAAGAACAAGCAUCAGGACGAACUUAUUAUCCUCAACGUCAGUGGCCGACGCUUCCAGACCUGGCGCAACACGCUAGACCGUUACCCUGAUACACUCCUGGGGAGCUCCGAAAAAGAAUUCUUCUUCAAUGAGGAAACUAGGGAGUAUUUCUUUGACCGAGAUCCAGAUGUGUUCAGAAGUAUUCUUAACUUCUACCGCACAGGGAAGCUGCACUACCCACGCUACGAGUGCAUCUCUGCUUACGACGAGGAGCUGGCAUUCUUUGGAAUCAUUCCCGAAAUCAUCAGCGACUGCUGUUAUGAAGAGUACAAGGACCGCAAGAGGGAGAACGUGGAGCGUCUUAUGGAUGACCUUGAGGACAACAAAGACAGCAAACUCCCCAACAUGACUUUCCGCGAGACCAUGUGGAGGGCCUUUGAGAACCCACACACUAGCACCAUGGCGCUGGUUUUCUACUAUGUAACCGGAUUCUUCAUCGCCAUAUCUGUCAUCACCAAUGUGGUUGAAACGGUUCCUUGCGGUUAUAUGCCGACAGAGAGACAUCCUUGUGGUGAGCGCUACACAGAGGCGUUUUUCUGCAUGGACACAGCUUGCGUAAUGAUCUUUACGGUGGAGUAUCUGAUGCGACUGUUCGCGGCGCCCAGCAGGUACCGCUUCAUGAGAAGCGUGAUGAGUAUUAUCGAUGUGGUGGCCAUCUUGCCGUAUUACAUUGGGCUCGUCAUGACCAACAACGAGGACGUAAGCGGAGCUUUUGUCACGCUACGGGUGUUCCGCGUCUUCCGGAUCUUUAAAUUCUCUCGCCACUCCCAGGGUCUCCGGAUCCUUGGCUACACGCUGAAGAGCUGUGCAUCCGAGCUCGGUUUCCUCCUCUUCUCCCUCACCAUGGCCAUCAUCAUCUUUGCCACAGUCAUGUUCUACGCUGAGAAAGGCUCCUCGUCCAGCAAGUUCACCAGCAUCCCGGCCUCCUUCUGGUACACCAUUGUAACCAUGACAACACUGGGGUGA